GCGCUCCAUGGGCGAUCAAAGGAACUCCAUACCGGGGUCUCAGAUUCAUCGAAGAGCUGCAAGUUCCCGGAAUUCUGAAUGCCGAUAUAGGCAACGCUUUCGUUUGGAGACCAUGCCACGGAACCAUUUGCAUCCAGGAGCUCCAGACGGGAGCUGCUGUGGAAGAGUUGCGAGUGCCAAACAUCAGUGCCAGAGAUUCUGGCCGGCUAGAAGGGUUAUCCUUUGGAAGAGCACUCACCAGGCGAUAACUCCCGGAUCUGCCACCGCCUUGGAAUUCUGGGAGACUGUUGUUCAUGAAAAUGCGCCAUUUAUCAGUUCCAGGAACAACGCCUUAGCAACCUGUGAAACCUUUUGCUUUUGCAUUGCUGCCGUUCUGCAUUGAGAACACCUGCUUAUACGAGACGUAAGUCCUUACUUUCAAGACUUGGAAAAGUCUUGAAGA